GGUGCGGUAUCUGAAACCACGGAGACAGGCAGAAAGGAACACGGAAAUAGUAGCCGUGGAGAGGGAUACGGACUGCUUGAAUUUACCCGCAUUAUCAGCUUUUGGAGCUUCCUUUUGAGAUUUUAUUUACGGACAAAGGUUGGAUUGGUUUGACUUCAUCCCGGGUCGAGAAUGUCGGGGAGCCGGGAGGAAGAGCGGCGUAAAUUAGCCGAAAUCAUUAACCACUGGAACGCCAACCGGCUCGACCUGUUCGAGAUCAGUCAACCUACCGAGGACUUGGAAUUCCAUGGCGUGAUGCGCUUCUAUUUCCAGGAUCGAGUUGCUGGCAACUUCGCCACUAAGUGCAUUAGAGUAUCCAGCACAGCUACCACGCAGGACGUGAUUGAAACACUGGCUGAAAAGUUCCGACCCGAUAUGAGGAUGCUUUCAUCUCCAAAAUACUCUCUAUAUGAAGUUCAUGUCAGUGGGGAAGAACGGAAGCUUGAUUUGGAUGAAAAGCCUUUGGUAGUACAGCUGAACUGGAAUAAAGAUGACAGAGAAGGAAGAUUUGUAUUAAAAAAUGAGAAUGAUAUCCUCCCAAAGAAGAUACAAAGUAAUGGACCUGAGAAGCAAGAGAAAGAAGGCAUGAUACAAAACUUUAAGAGAACACUGUCAAAAAAGGAGAGAAAGAAAGAGAAAAAGCGGGCACAGGAAAGGGACGAACAUUCCCAGGCCAAAGAGGAUGGGGAAAAUUCACGACUAGCUGCUGAAGUCUACAAGGAUAUGCCUGAGACGAGCUUCACAAGAACAAUUUCCAAUCCAGAAGUGGUUAUGAUGCGUCAACGGCAGCAAAAACUGGAGAGAAGGAUGCAGCAGUUUCGUAGUAGUGAUGGCAGGCCUGAUUCAGGGGGGACAUUAAGAAUAUAUGCUGACAGUUUAAAACCAAAUAUUCCUUACAAGACAAUCCUCCUAUCAACCACAGACACAGCAGACUUUGUUGUUGGAGAGGCACUUGAAAAAUACGGACUUGAGAAGGAAAACCCAAGAGAUUACUGCAUUGCUCGGGUUGUAUUACCUCCAGGAUCUCACAACUCUGAUGACAAUGGUGGAAAAGAGACCAUUCUUGAUGAUUCUGAUUGCCCACUUCAGAUUUUUAGAGACUGGCCAAAUGACAAAGAAGUCUUGGUUUUUCAGCUUAAGAAAAGGCCUCCGGACUAUGCUCCAAAGAAAUCUAGGAAACCAGACGAGAAGGUACCAAGAGUAAAGUCUAUAGAUGGUUCUCUUCAUGGCUCUUUGCAGCCAGAAAAGCUGCCAUACCUGGUGGAGCUGAGCCCAGGGAGAGGAAAUCACUAUGCCUACUACAACUACCGCCACCAAGAAGAUGGCUCUGACUCAAGGGAUAAACCAAAGCUGUACCGGUUACAGACGAGUGUCACAGAAGUUGGAUCUGAGAAAACAGAUGAAAACUCCAUCCAGUUGUUUGGCCCUGGCAUCCAACCUCAUCACUGUGAACUAACUAACAUCGAUGGUGAAGUUUUAUUAACCCCUCUAAGUUUUGAAGCAGAGACCUAUGUUGAUGGUCAGCGCCUCACAGAGAGCACCUUACUUCGAAGCGGCAUGAAGGUCCAGUUUGGGUCUUCUCAUGUCUUCAAGUUUGUUGAUCCUAGCCAUGACCAUGGGUUAAACAAGAGGGGAAUGGACUCAGGGCCCAUGAUGAAAGGCCCAAGAAGCAAGUCUGGUAGUGUCCCAGAGACAACGUUUGAUCUGGAUGGAGAUAUCCAUAGUGGCACAGCACUUCCAGCAAGCAAGAGUUCUAGUAGGUUGGACAUUGAGAGAUCAGCACCUCCAUCAAGCAUUAGUGAACGAGGAAUGGUAAAGCCUAUUCUUAGGCCAGAUCCACAGCAAAGUUAUCGGAAACAGGACCUGAGGUCCCAGGAUGGCAAUGGUCCAGAAAUGUUGUUACCAGCCAGUACUGAAUUUAGAGAAAGCUCUGAAGAUGCUUUCCUUUCUGCAAUCAUUAACUACACUAACAGUUCAACGGUCCACUUCAAGCUAUCCCCUACAUAUGUACUAUACAUGACCUGUCGCUAUGUGCUAUCAAGUCAAUAUAGGCCAGAUAUGAGUCCUUCAGAACGCACUCAUAAGGUGAUAGCCAUUGUCAACAAGAUGGUGCAUAUGAUGGAGGGUGUUAUUCAGAAACAGAAGAAUAUUGCUGGUGCUCUAGCCUUCUGGAUGGCAAAUGCUUCUGAACUUUUAAAUUUUAUAAAGCAAGAUAAAGACCUUAGCAGAAUCACCUUGGAUGCUCAGGACAUCUUGGCCCACUUAGUACAAAUGGCCUUCAAGUAUCUGGUUCGCUGUUUACAGUCUGAUCUGAAUAAUUAUAUGCCUGCAUUCCUAGAAGACCCAGAAGAGCAAAGUCCACAGAGGCACAAAAUAGAUGAUGUUUUGCACACCCUCACUGGAGCUAUGUCACUGCUACGCAGGUGUCGUGUGAAUGCUGCCCUCACUAUUCAGCUUUUCUCCCAACUCUUCCAUUUUAUCAACAUGUGGCUUUUUAACAAACUGGUGACAAAGCCAGAAUCUGAACUUUGCUCCCAUUACUGGGGAGCAAUCUUGCGUCAACAACUAGGCCACAUUGAGGCCUGGGCAGAAAAGCAGGGAUUGGAACUUGCAGCUGACUGCCAUCUUAGCAGAAUUGUACAGGCAACUACUCUUCUUACUAUGGAUAAAUACUCCUUGCAAGAUGUUCCCAACAUUAACAACACUUGUUUCAAACUGAACUCCUUGCAGCUACAAGCAUUACUGCAAAAUUAUCAUUGUGCACACGAUGAGCCAUAUAUACCAAAUGAGCUAAUAGAAAAUGUAGUGACUACAGCAGAGAACACAGCGGAUGAGUUGGCUCGGAGUGAUGGUCGUGAUGUUCAACUAGAGGAAGAUCCUGAUCUGCAGUUGCCUUUUCUACUACCUGAAGAUGGGUACUCAUGUGAUGUAGUGCGUAACAUUCCUAAUGGGUUGCAGGAAUUCUUGGAACCACUCUGCCAGAGAGGGUAUUGCAGGCUUAUCCCACACCCUCGAUCUCCUGGCAAUUGGACUGUAUAUUUUGAAGGAGCUGACUAUGAAACUCAUUUCUCACCUGACAGCACAGAGCUGCCUAUGAGGAAGGAGCCAGAAGUUGUCACCGUAACACUGAAGAAGCACAAUGGGAUGGGUCUCAGUAUUGUGGCUGCAAAGGGUGCUGGACAGGACAAACUAGGAAUCUAUAUAAAGUCUGUUGUAAAAGGAGGGGCAGCAGACUUGGAUGGUCGUCUAGCAGCAGGUGAUCAACUUUUAAGUGUUGAUGGAAAGAGCUUAGUAGGACUUUCACAAGAAAGGGCAGCUGAACUAAUGACUCGGACUGGCUCUGUAGUAACAUUAGAGGUAGCGAAGCAGGGAGCAAUUUACCACGGAUUAGCAACACUACUUAAUCAACCAUCCCCAAUGAUGCAGAGGGCUUCAGACAGAGGUCGUGGCUCAGGUAAACCCAGACCAAAGAGCGAAGGCUUUGAGCUCUACAAUAACUCUGCACAGAAUGGCUCCCCUGACAGCCCACCGGUGCCGUGGGGGGAGUACCCUGAACCAAAGAAAAUGUCAGGAGAGGAAAGACUGCUCAAGAACAGGGCUGACCACCGAUCCAGCCCUAAUGUAGCCAACCAGCCUCAUAGUCCAGGAGCAAAGACAGUUUACUCAGGUGGACCAUCAUCAAAAAUUACAUCUGUAUCUACAGGCAACCUCUGCACUGAUGAACAACAAGCACCUCCAAGACCUGAGGCAUAUCCAAUUCCAACCCAAACCUACACCAGGGAGUACUUUACAUUCCCAGCCUCAAAAUCUCAAGAUAGGAUGGGGCCAGGGCCUGCUCAACAAUGGCAAAACUAUGAAGAAAGGUCUAUGGGACAUCCUGAUGAUCUUUCUUCUAGCAAUAUGCCCAUUCAGAGAGUAACACGAUCUCAGGAAGAGCUGUGUGAUGACCGAGUAAAUUACAAGUCAGAGCGUAUGCGAUCUGACGACAUUCUUCUGCUUCAGCAAUGUGAUCUUGAGUAUCAAAGAGGUCGAGGUAGUGGUGAGCACUGGAAUCAGCAAAUUUCCUCUUCUGUAGAGUCAAGUACCUCCAGUCAGGAGCACCUCAACUACCCUUCAUCCAAUUCUUCAAAGCUCCCAAGCCACAAAAGUGGACCAGGCCGCUGGAAAACUCCAGUGGCUCCUCAUUCCGCCCCAGUUGCAGUCUCUCAACCAAUGCGUACUGACCUCCCACCACCACCACCUCCACCUCCACCUGUGCACUAUGCAGCUGACUUUGAUUCUCAGUCUGAUCUACCUCUUCCUCCCCCUCCACCUGGCACUGGAAUUCUGCAGACUUCAGCUUCUGUAGCUGAUAUGAAAAAGCGUGAGGAACAGCAACGAUGGUAUGAAAAAGAGAAAGCAAGGCUGGAGGAAGAAAGAGAGCGCAAAAAAAGAGAGCAAGAGAGAAAACUAGGACAGAUCAGAAAUCCACCAGUACCAAGUGUCCUUAUGCCUAACCAACACCCUCCAUUGUCUCCAAUGGGAAUUCAGCAACAGCUGACACCACCACCAAUGCCUGUGCAGCAACAGCAAUACUUAAUGCCUUCUGUUACAACCCAGCAACCUUCCCGACCAGAAAAAUUGUCUAGUCUCCCUCGGCCACCCCCUCCACCUCAAGAAACUGUAAUUCGUGAGCUCCUUCCACAGCAGCAGCCACGUACAAUUGAACGUCGGGACUUGCAGUAUAUUACCAUUAGCAAGGAGGAACUUUCCUCCAGUGACAGCCUAUCCCCUGAUCCCUGGAAACGAGAUGCACGUGAGAAACUGGAGAAACAGCAGCAAUUGCACAUUGUAGAUAUGCUUAACAAGGAAAUCCAAGAACUACAGGCUAAGCCAGAGCGUACAGCAGAGGAAAAUGACAGACUUAGGAAGCUGAUGCUUGAGUGGCAGUUCCAGAAACGGCUUCAAGAGUCCAAGCAAAAUGAGGAAGACGAUGAGGAAGAGGAUGAUGAAGACGUUGACACUUUGCUGAUCAUGCAACGGCUAGAGGCAGAGAAGAGAGCACGACAGACUGCUGUUCCAGCAAUCUCUGUUCUAGACUUGUUACAGGAUGAGGAGCGCAGGCGCAAACAGCAGCUUGAAGAGAUCCGCAAACGAGAAGCAGAAGACCGGGCAAAACAAGAAGAGGAAAGACGCUGGCGAGAAGAGGAGAGAAAUCGUCGAGAGACAGAGGAGAAGAGAAGGCAGGAAGAAGAAUAUUAUACUCGCCUGGAGGCAGAACGGCGCAGGCAGCAUGAAGAGGCUGAAAGAAAGCUGUUAACACCUGACGAGCCUGGUCUGUACAGACCUCCUCUCCCCCGGGACUAUGAGCUCCCUUCUCCCCACCCCCCUCCACUAACGUGCUCCACCCCGCCUCAAAGAAACACCUCUUACCUCAAAACGCAGGUCAUCUCCCCUGACACAGUGUACACUGCCAAGUUUGUAUCGUACAAUGAUGAGGAGGAGGAGGAGGACUCAAGCCUAGCAGGAUCUAAUUCGUACACUGGAUCUACAGCAGGGGUUGUAGGAUCACAUGAAAUCUAUAAAGAUCCAAGAGAGAAGUGGGUUAAAAGUGGCCAAGAUCAAGAUGCCAGUGUGAUUGGGGGAGCACCAGAAAGCCUAACAUUUAAGGAACGUCAGAGGUUAUUUUCCCAGGGACAGGAUGUAUCCAACAAGGUGAAAGCCUCAAGAAAACUCAUGGAAUUGGAAAAUGAGCUGAACACGAAAUAAAAACUGGAGCCUUAGCGAGACUGAGGCAGAGGAACACGUCUUUCACUUUGUAUAGUAUGAUUUUUUUUUUCCCCCAAUAACUGGACUGUUGAAUAUGAUUUAGAUUUACUGUUGCAAUAUUGAAAGACAAUUUUUGCUUUGUCUCAUUGAAAUUCUCAGAUUAAAAGCACUGUACAAUGUUUUAAUAAAAAGAAAAAUCUCGCAUAGGGCAGAACCUUAAGGGUUUGGGGUUAAUGAAUGCUAAGAUAUUUAAAAAAAAAAAAAACACAAAACCAACAACAGGGCCAUAAUAACUUACAAUGACACAAAAUCUUUUGUAAUGUCUAUUUUAUUAUUUAGCAGUUGAGCUCUUUGGAUCCGAGCUUUUCUUGAAUAUUUUUGAAUCCUGUUGUGGUUCUCAAUGGUACCAGUCUGAGUGAAGAUGAGCGUGUCAGGUUUGCGUGCAGUGUGGUCACCGAUCUGGAAAUGAACUCAAGCCGGGGCAGGAAACCAGCCAUUCUUACUUUAGCAUAUCAGUGGCAGACAUCAUUUUGAGUUUGUGGAAAGAGGAAAAAACGAAAAAGAAAGUGGUGCUUGCAUCUCUUUUUAAGGAUAGAAUAUUUCAGUGAUGCCAAGUUCACAGCCCAGGAGCACAUGGCUUCAGACUGACUUCAUUUCACAGGAACAGAUUGGGCCUCUGACGCCUAGGAAUAACGUUUUAAAUCGGCCAAAUUUGUUAAAAAAUAAAGAAAGAAAGGAAAUGAUCCAAAAGUUAAGAGACUAGAAACUAGCGCCUUUUUGAAAUGAUGCAUUGUCCUUACCCUGGUUCAUUUUAGUCACAAAGACUGCUGUUAUGGUUUGGAUGUGUCGGAGGAAUUUUUUGAGUGCAGUCUUUUUGCUUCUUACAUUCCUAAGUCAUUACUGCUCACAGUUUGUCUGGCUGAACGUUUUGCCCACAAUGUGACAAAUUAAACUCGGAUUCCCAGAUGUCACAGCAGCAGGCAGUGGCUGUGAGGCUUGUCCUGACUCUCCGUCUUGGUUGGCCGGCUGGCAGCUGUCUGCUAUUUGUGACGGUGGGCACCACUGCCACGCUGCUCUUCGCUUACAAACAGGGGUAUUUUUGAUUUGUGUGUUUGUUUCUGGAAGACACUAAAGUUAUUCCUACCAAAUGUAUGGCGUGUGCGAGUGCUUUGAACAGGAUCAGGAUCCUCUGGAAGCGUUUUACUGUUGUGCCUCCACUUGAACUUGGGGGUGUAAUGCACACUACGAGACUAGAUAGUAGAAUAGACAUUCACUGCCUUAGCUGCGACAAUUCACUUUAAUAAAGAAAUGAAAUUUGUAAGAUAACGAUUGCAGAUGUUUAAUGAAGAUUGGUGUGUAAAUAUAUUUUUGUUUUUUUUUUUUUCUUUUACACUUAUGAAAUAAUCUUAUUUUGAAGAAAAUAGAAGGUGCGUUUUUACUAUGUUGUCUGUACGAUCUUUUGUCAGGCAGUGAGUCUUGCAGCACAUUCUUGAAGGACGUCAUUUGUGCCUGCCCCUGAACAACUCCGCGGCUUCUCUUGUUACCUAAGCGAAGUCUCGUUCCUGUAAUGUGUUUAUUUAUCCCUGUGCUGCAAACUAACGGAAAACUGUCCAAAAAAAAAAGGAAACAAAAAAACCACAAGAUUUUGGAGGACAAUUUGCGUGUCUGUCUGGGUUUUAUAGGACUUUCAGGGUUUGUUGUGCUAUGAGUUCUAAAGUGCUUUCAUCAAACAAUGUGUGUUUAUUACUGAAAGCAUUGAAACUGCUGUAGUUUAUAAUUUCUACUGUAUUUCACUUGCAACCUAUUUUUAAUAAACUAUCUUUGUAUGUA